ACCUAGCCCAGUUGUCCAGCCUUGCCCACACCGGCGUCGACCGGUCGAAGCCGACGGAAAUGGCUUCCCGCCUCCUAUCCAGAUCAGCGGCUGCGCUCCUCGGCUCCCACCUCUGCGGCAGGACGCCAAACCCUACCCACCGUCUCCUCGCCCAUGGCACUGCCUUGGCGUCCCUCCUGGGCCCCACUGGCGGCCUCCCCGCCGCCACCGACUCAACCCUCCUCCGCGACUCGGUGCGGUGGUUCUCCUCGUCGUCCACGGCAGCGGUAGCCGAGGUUCCGAUGACGGCGGACGGACUGACGGUGGACUCGAUCUCCGGGAAGGGGUGGACGAUCCUUCCCGAGGCCGAGAGCGACUGGCGCAGCCACGCCGCCGCCGUCGCGCAGUCCAUCAAGCUUAUCAAGAAGCGCCUCAAGUGGGGAUGGAUACUCGAGAGGACGAAGCAAUUGGCUGUGGUGUUGGAGAGGCCAGACCUCUGGGAUGAUCCUGUUUUUGCCGGGAGGGUUAGCCGUGAGAACGGUGAGCUCAUGGGCAAGAUUAAGUCAGUCAACCAAUUUGAGCAGGAACUAAUUGAACACAUUGAGAUGUUAAGGCUGGCACGUGAAGAAAAUGAUAAUGAACUUGAGAUGGAAAGUAUGAGGGCUUUAGCCGAUAUGAGAAGAAGUGCAAAGGAGAAAGAACUGAACGCGUUGCUUUCAGGAGACAAUGACUCCUGCUCGUGCUUCAUGGAGGUUCAGGCAGGAGCUGGAGGCAUUGAGAGCAUGGACUGGGCUGCAAUGGUCAUGAACAUGUAUCAGUCAUGGGCUCAACGACGAGGAUAUACAGUCACUGUGGUAGAAGACGUGCCUGGUGAAGUAGCUGGAAUCAAGAGGGCUACCAUAAAAGUUGAUGGUGAAUAUGCGUUUGGAUAUGCCAAAGCUGAAGUAGGAGUUCAUAGAUUAGUGCGAAUUUCUCCAUUUGACAGUGGAAAACGGCGGCACACUUCCUUUGCUGCUGUUGCUGUAAUACCUAUUCUUGGGGAUGUCUCAACCCGAUACCAGAUUAAAGAUUCAGAUCUUCGGAUAGAACGUUUCCGUGCUGGUGGUCCUGGUGGCCAGCAUGCCAACACUACAGAAAGUGCUGUUAGAAUCGUGCACAUUCCAACUGGUAUAACUGCAACAAGUCAAAACGAAAGAUCACAACACAUGAACAAGGCAUCAGCAAUGGCAGUGCUCCAAUCUCGUUUGGACCAGCUGGAGAUUGCCCGCCAAGCACAGAUGAAUUCUGAGCACACACAAUCACUCAAUGAAAUCAGCUGGGGCAACCAAAUAAGAUCUUAUGUUCUCCAUCCAUACCGUAUGGUCAAAGAUCUCCGGACAAACUAUGAAGUAUCCGACCCAGAUUCGGUCCUGGAAGGAGACCUAGAUGAUUUCAUUUUGAACUUUUUGUCUUCAUCGUUGGAUGAAGCUGGUAAACUGUCAGUGUAGCAAGUGGAGGUGCUGCUUCUUUACUACACUGAUAAAUACAACGUGAGCUCAAAUGGUGAAAAAACUAAGGUGCUGAAUAGUAGCAGGUUGCAUGCAAAAACCGGAGCUUACGGAAGGCAAUAUAACGAAAUUUUGCAUCAUUGUCAGUCUAAAGUUUUUUUUUUCUGUACGGAUGUUGCCGUUUGUUAUAGAUAUGUAGUCAUUUCUAAUCAACCCAUCACUUCUCUGCUGUAAUGACACCAGACUACAUUGAUUUAGUCAUUCAAUAAUUUGUCACUUCAGUUCUGAAAGUUUUGUGUUGGAAAAUGAAAAAAAAAGUACCACUGCUAAUCUAGUCUCAA